ACCUGAAUGAAGACGAGCUAGUCAGUCCUCCGCUACGGCUAACUAAACUGCGGAACCGAAGGAGGGAAACAGUCCGCUGCUUGGCAUUUGUAGCUCGAAGUUGAGGUGCAGCGUAAAGACAAAGGCCUUUCUCGUCGAUAACUAUCAGCUCAACGAAUGCAGCUCAGACAACUAACAAUAAUAGUCUCAAGUUUGUUGAUAGCUAGUUGCGUCGUUUGACAGCUAACACUAACUAGCUAGUCUCAUCGGUAUUCGACGUCAGUUUCAAAACAAAGCCCGCAAAAACAGAGAAGUUCAGACUCAGCUGUCAUCUCAGGAACAGCUUGCUGCAAGAUAAUCUAGACAGAAUAAAUGUUUCAAGAUAAAUAUCGACAAACAUGCGCUCACUUAGUGGCUAGUUAAUCAUAUCUCGCCGACAUACACGCUAAGUUAAAUAAUAAGCUGUCUGCAGGCUCGGAUCGGGAGUGUUUGAACUAGUCUACGUGCUUCUCUUGAUACCCUUAAGUUUCAGGGUUUCUUUUAAACAUUCAAUUUAAAUGUCUGAGAAAAGUUCAUCGUCUGGUUCGGAUGAGGAUGUGGACCCUGAAUCCGGACAGCCUGUGGAGCUCGGAGGCAUUUUAAGCAAGUGGACAAAUUACAUACACGGAUGGCAGGACAGAUGGGUCGUGUUGAAAAACAACACUUUGAGCUACUACAAGUCAGAAGAUGAGCGGGAGUACGGCUGCAGGGGGUCCCUGUGCCUCAGCAAGGCUGUCAUCACACCUCAUGAGUUUGACGAGUGUCGUUUUGACAUGAGUGUGAACGACAGCGUUUGGUACCUGAGAGCUGAAGAUCCCGAGCACAGACUUCAGUGGAUUGAGUCAAUAGAGCUGCACAAGGCCGAGUCUGGCUACGGUUCAGAAACCAGUCUCAGACGUCAUGGUUCCAUGUUGUCUCUCACCUCCGCAGCCAGUGCCUUGUCUGCAACAUCCACAUCUUCAUUCAAGAAGGGGCACAGGUUGCGUGAAAAGCUAGCAGAGAUGGAAACCUUCCGGGACAUUCUGUGCAGACAAGUAGACACCCUGCAGAAGUACUUUGACUCCUGUGCUGAUGUUGUCUCCAAGGAUGAAUUUCAGAGAGACACAGAAGUGGAAGAGGACGAAGAUGACUUCCCCAACACUACAAGACCUGACGGUGAAUAUAAUCACAACAACAACGGCAGCAAAGAGAAAUUGUUUCCUCCCACGAGUCCCAAAGGCAUGAACGGGAUAGACUUCAAGGGUGAGGCCAUCACCUUCAAGGCCACCACAGCAGGGAUCCUCUCUACCCUGUCUCACUGCAUCGAGCUGAUGGUCAAACGAGAGGACAGCUGGCAAAAGAGAGUGGACAAGGAGUUAGAGAAGAGGAGGAGGGUAGAAGAUGCCUACAAGUCUGCAAUGAAUGAACUGAAGAAGAAGUCACACUACGGAGGUCCUGACUACGAGGAGGGGCCAAACAGUCUGAUCAAUGAGGACGAGUUCUUUGAUGCGGUGGAAGCUGCACUGGACAGACAGGACAAGAUAGAAGAGCAGUGCCAGUCAGACAAGGUGAGGAUACCUCGCCUGACUCCAGUGCCUCCGGGAGACGCCUACUCCACGAUCGGCACACACAGAUAUGCCACCAAGCCCCAAAGCCAUUCUUCUUCAAUAUCAUCCGUUGAGCUAGUCAGUGCCUCGGAUGACAUUCACAGGUUCAGCACACAGGUGGAGGAGAUGGUGCAGAAUCAUAUGACUUACUCUCUUCAGGAUAUGGGCGGAGAUGCCAACUGGCAGCUUGUAAUAGAAGAAGGAGAGAUGAAGGUGUACAGGAGAGAAGUGGAGGAGAAUGGUAUAGUGCUGGAUCCUCUCAAAGCAACACAUGCUGUGAAGGGGGUGACAGGACACGAGGUGUGCCACUACUUCUGGGACACAGCUGUCCGAUUGGACUGGGAGACCACCAUUGAAAACUUCAACGUUGUGGAAACACUGUCCGAUAACGCGGUCAUUGUUUAUCAGACUCACAAGAGAGUGUGGCCCGCAUCACAGAGAGACGUUCUCUACCUGUCAGCCAUCAGGAAGCUCUUUGCAACCAAUGAAAAUGAUCCUGACACAUGGCUCGUCUGCAACUUCUCUGUGGACCACGACAAUGCUGCUCCUACAAACCGGUGUGUUCGUGCCAAAAUCAAUGUGGCCAUGAUCUGCCAAACACUGGUCAGUCCACCAGAGGGCGACAAAGAAAUCAGCAGAGACAACAUCCUCUGUAAGAUCACCUACGUUGCCAAUGUUAACCCUGGAGGCUGGGCUCCAGCUUCAGUCCUCAGAGCCGUGGCCAAGAGAGAGUACCCCAAGUUCCUGAAACGCUUCACCUCCUACGUCCAGGAGAAAACUGCUGGGAAGCCCAUCCUCUUCUGAACACAAACAGGUUCGGGGAGGCUGAGCUUGCCCUCUGGAGAAACUACGUUGUUCAUGGCUCUCUAAGACUUUAUAACCUAUUCACCAGUCAUUAAGAAUGUGCUAAAUCUUCCUACAUGCAGGACAUAACACCAUUCAGGACGUCCCACAGGACAUCUGAUUGUAGGAGGGACUGGUUUAAUGGCUUUAAUCAGUACUUGUCAUCCCAGCCACAUUUGAAUGGCCUAACACCAUCUGCUGGUCAUGGGCACAUUUGUAUGUACAUUUGAAGAGUUUCUUAAGUGUUUUUUGAAUAGUUGUUACCAAUUAUUUGCUUUUUUUGUAAAUUGUUUUGUACAUUUCUUAUGAUUACAUACUUCUCGACUUCCUUUGGGUUUGCUUUGAUCACUAGUAUUCCUGCUACUUGUGUUGCUGCUGCUACAGUAACUACCAUGAGAGAGGGAAGCAGAUAAUGACAGGAAAAGCACUGACAAGGUGUGCUACAGUGUCUCCUCUUACUUGACUUCUUCUGUCACUUCAGCGACGACUCUUUCUGCGGUUUGAUGGGGGGGGGUCUGAGCCUAAAGCUUUGAAAUCUUUAUAUUUCUAGAUUGUGCUGAAGUAGCUUCUGGAGAGCACCAUGGACACAAUGUAUUGUACAGAGAAAAUUGACUAAGUUUACCAAUGUGAGAAAUGUGAAUUGACUGUUUAAUGCUUGAAUAUGAUGACAGUAAUGGGUAAAGGAAACCUGAAGAGGGAGAUAGAGUAUUUUCUAAGUCAUGUUGGACAAUAUUUUUGCCACAGUUAAACUGAAAAUCAGUGAUUGGAUAUCAAUGUUGUUGACUGUAGUCUAUAGAUGCAAAGUGUGGGCCUAUUUACAACGCUAUCUGUCUUUUACCUCCAUGUCACAUGGUUUCUGACAGAUGUUUGAAAAAGGCCAGCCUUAGUGUCUGAUGUGAAGAUUCCUCUCUUUCAUUGAGAGUUGAGUGGAUACAUUUUGUACAACUUGCGUUUUGUUUUUUUCACCUUUUUCAGCCCCUAAUGAGUCGGCAAAAAUGUCUAUCAUUUACUGAGGGUCAGGUUUAAAAAAAAAAGUCUUGCUGCUACUGUGCAGGAUAAGAUAAACAUUUGAAAAAGAGUGAGAAAUAAUCUAUAAAAGAUCUCCAUCAUACUCUAACAUAUAGCAUUUAUCUUGCAACACUACAGUACAGUGGCCUCAUGCCCGUUGACUGAUAAACUACCGCCUCCAGAAUGCCUUAGACAUCAGGAUGAACCCUGAAAAUCCUGGUUAUCUUUACUGUACAGCCACCAGAUGUGCAUUUAUCUACACUUAAAUGAAGGGCAAGGGAAAGGGUCAGCAUUUCACAUCAUCAUACCUCAAGAUUUAAAUUUCCUCUAGAUUGCGUUUGAUGCCAUCAACCGUUGGGAGUUUUGCAAUCAGUAGAUCUUUAUGGUUGAGAAUAUAACAGCCGAUUUUUUGGGUCUAAGAGGUCUAAGGGGUCGGAAGGAUCUGGAUAAAUGUUGUUCUGAGCAUUAAAAGAGCUAGAUCUUCAAGCAAUGUCAGCUACAUAAUGCAUGUAAUGUUUUUAAUUUUGAUAUUUUGUCAGUAAUCUACACACUUUGUAAAUUUCUAAGUUGUACAUCAGAAGUGUUAUUAUUUGCACUAAAUGUAAUGCAAUUUGACAAUGUUCUGUAAAUUAAAAUUGAUACACAACAGAAACAA